ACUAGCGCAUGAGCAAACGCCACGGUCAUUUUAAACUCCAUUUUACCUGGGGAAUGUUACGGUAUCUUAUUUAAGAAAUUAGUUAAACUUUAUUUUUUGUGUUUCUUCUGUGAAGUUAUCGUCAUGAAUAACUAUCUUUCUGCUAGAGUUUGCCAGCAGUUAUCAGUGAUAAAAGGUAGGAGACUGCUUUUGUUCUUUAACAGUGCCAUUACGACCGCUAGAGAUAAAUACAAUGAUACUACUCAGCCGAGAAGAGCUAUCAUGUAUGUGCCAGCUCAUGACAUGCGUAAAAUAGAAAAAAUACGCACUACGAAUGUAGACUGCGCUGUGUUAGAUUGUGAAGAUGGUGUUGCUUUUAACAAGAAAGCUGAGGCUCGCAAUAACAUUAAAAAUAUUUCGCAAUCGUAUGAUUUUGGGAAAUCAGAAUAUGCUGUUAGAAUCAAUUCGAUUGAAAGUAAAUUAGCAGGAGAAGACAUUUCUGUGAUAUUUUCUGGUGAAAGACUACCAGAAACCCUGAUGGUACCUAAGGUUGAAACUGUAGAUCACAUCAAUUGGCUACGAAAUUCACUAAAUAUAUCCGACAAAUACUUAGUAAAACCUCUGAAUCUCAUGUUAUUUGUCGAAAGUGCAAAAAGCUUGCUGAACCUUAGAGAUAUAUGCGAUGCAAGCAUUGAGCUGUCCAAGAGGAGUCCUGUUCGAUUUGAGGGUUUUGUUUUUGGAUCUGAUGAUUUUUGCGCAGAUAUUGGUGCAACUCGAAGUACAGGUGCACAAGAAUUAGUUACUGCUAGGCAAUUAAUAAUUAUCAUAGCAAAAGCAUAUAAACUUCAAGCCAUUGAUAUGGUGCACAUUCACUAUAAGGAUUUGGAGGGUUUAGAAAGAGUUUCGCUGGAGGGUGCAAAUAUGGGCUUUACAGGAAAGCAAGUAAUACAUCCAAAUCAAGUAGCUAUUGUUCAGAGAGCUUUUUCGCCUUCUUUAGAGAAGAUUGAAUGGGCUCGAGAACUAAUAAAACAGUUUGAACAGCAUCAAAAUGAAGGAAAAGGAGCUUUCACAUUCCGUGGCUCAAUGAUUGAUAAACCAUUACUGUUACAAGCAGAAAAUAUUGUAAACUUAUCUAAAAGAAUGGUUGACUGACUAUAAUGCCAAAUAAUAUUAAUUCUAAAUGCUAACAAUUGCAUUUAAAAUAAAAAAAU